GAUAACCCACCAACACUCUCUCUGUCCCUCAACAAAAAUGCUCAAAAAUUUUGUCUUUCUCCUACCCUUCUUGUCGCGUCUCUUCCAUGUAGUUAUGGCCGGAGGAGAACGGUUAACUAACGGCGGUUUUUCGCCGGAGAUGAAUCCGUUCACACCCAAAGCAUCUUUAGUACGUUACUGGAACAAACAGAUCCAACACCAAUCACCAGGCUCAGCCUUUCUCCUCUCCAAGGCUUCACCACUUACCGCUGUCGCCUCCGCCACUUUCGCAAAACUCGCCUCUGAAAACGCUCUUCCGGAUCGCCUACCGGACUUUUGCUCCGCGGCAAACCUCUUCUGUUUUCCAGAUUUAGGUCCAACCCUCGAGAAACACAGCAACGACGUUAAAUUCUCUGUUUAUGAUCAACGAAACUUCACCAACUACGGCGGCACGAUUCACCCCGGCGGUGCUGAUUCGUUCAAGAAAUAUUCACAAAACGGCAACGUAGUAACCGACUCUUUCCGGCGAUACAGCCGUGACGCCGCCGGUCACGAAGAUAAGUUCACAGGCUACGCCGAUAACAGCAACGUCGUUGAGGAAAACUUUAAUUCUUACGGCACGUCAGCCACCGGUGGCUCCGGCGAUUUUAAAAACUAUCAAUCCGGUGUCAACAAUCCGACUAGUCGUUUCAAGGCUUAUUCCGACGACGGAAACGGCCGGGCUCAGACGUUUAAGACCUAUACUCACGAAGCCAACGCCGGACCGGGUCAAUCUUUCACCAGUUAUGGCAAAAACGGUAACGGAGCUCCGAACGAGUUCUCUUCUUACGGCGUCUCCUCUAACGUUAUCGGAUCGGAUUUCUCAAACUACGGCGAGAACAGUAACGCAGCCAACGACACUUUCAAAGGCUACGGUGGCGACGGUAAUGUUCCUCGGAAUAACUUCAAAAGCUACGGUGCCUCUGGGAAUGCCGCCGUUGACACAUUCUUGAAUUAUAGAGACAAGGCUAACGUUGGGGACGAUUCGUUUGCGUCGUAUGCCAAGAACUCAAACUUCGAGAAGGUCGACUUCGUGAAUUACGGCAAAUCUAUUAAUCCCGGUUCGGAAUCAUUUACCGGUUAUGGUAAAGGAGCUGAGGGAAACAAAAUUGGUUUCAAAACGUAUACUCAGAACUCAACCUUCAAGGACUACGCGAAAACCGGAGUCGAAUUUGCGAAAUAUAAUCAGAGUAGACUCGGUGGUGGCAAAACUGUGAAUAAGUGGGUGGAGCCUGGCAAGUUCUUUAGAGAAUCGCUGCUUAAAGAAAGUUCAUUGAUUUGGAUGCCUGACAUUAAAGAUAAAAUGCCGAAAAGGUCGUUUCUGCCUCGUAACAUUGUCUCGAAACUACCGUUUUCGACAUCAAAAAUCGCGGAAAUCAAGCGUGUCUUCCACGCUAAGGAUAACUCGACAAUGGCAGGGAUAAUUACUGAUGCCGUAACAGAAUGUGAGAGAUCGCCGACAAUUGGCGAGACUAAAAGAUGUGUCGGAUCAGCGGAGGAUAUGAUCGAUUUCGCGACAUCUGUGCUUGGUCGAAACGUGGUACUCCGGACUACAGAGAGUGUAGCCGGAUCAAAGCAAAAAGUCAUGAUCGGAAAAGUCAAAGGAAUCAACGGUGGAAGAGUGACGAAAUCAGUGUCAUGUCACCAAAGUUUGUACCCUUACUUACUCUACUACUGUCACUCUGUGCCUAAAGUUCGAAUAUACGAGUCAGAUCUUUUGGAUCCCAAGAGUAAAGCCAAGAUCAACCAUGGUAUUGCUAUAUGUCACAUGGACACAUCAGCUUGGGGUGCGAACCAUGGAGCCUUCAUGUCGCUUGGGUCCCGGCCGGGUCAGAUCGAGGUUUGCCAUUGGAUCUUUGAGAAUGAUAUGAAUUGGGCCAUCGCCGAUUAACCAUGUCGUAGCAAAUUAAUAAUGAAUGUUAAUCGUUUGUAUCUUUAUAUUCCAGU